UAUUUUUCCUGUUUCUUAUUUCAAAGCUUUAACUUCCUGAAUUUCCUUAAAACCUUCGAUCCUUUUAAUGGCUGCAUCCUUCUCCGAUUCACCUUUGUCGUUGAUCUCCUUCUCUUCGAUUCAGUCUUGUUCUGUCCAUUUUCUGUUUUCGAAACUUUGUAAUCCUCAGAUUCUCAGUCGUCGUCGUUUGUUUUUCUGACAUAUAGGGGUAGCAAUAAUCCACUGCAAUAAUGGGAAGGCGCAAAGCUCAGCGAAAGAGUGCUGCAAUGUUAGAUAGUGAUGAUGAGGAUAGUAGUAGUGCUGCUUCGUCGUCAACAGUGUUGUCUGAUCGUAUGUCCGUAUAUGGUAAUGAAGAAAUGGAGCUUAAUAAAGAUAAUUUGUUAGAUGAAGCUGUUGAUGCUUUAUUUGAAAAGAGGGGUGCUACAAGGGAGAAAGCUUUGUCACGUAUUAGUGAGGCUUUCAGUAGCAACUUGCAGCAUGAAUUUGUGGAGAAGAAAUUUGCCACAUUAUUGCAUCAGUGUCUGAACUCCAUCAAAAAGGGUUCCAGUAAAGAAGUAUCUUUAGCAUCUCAUGCCAUUGGAUUGCUUGCUUUGACUGUUGGUGAGGGAGACAAUGCCCGGGAAAUAUUGGACGAUUCAUUCACUCCUCUUUCACAGGCCCUUAAAUCUGGGUCUGAGUCCUCAAAGAUAGCUUCGUUGCUUGAGUGUUUGGCUGUUGUCACAUUUGUUGGCGGAAAUCCUGAGGAAACAGAGAGAUCAAUGCAAAUUAUGUGGCAACUAGUACAUCCAAAACAAGGUUCUAAUGUUGUCACUAUCAAACUUUCUGCUGCUAUAAUUACAUCAGUUGUAUCAGCCUGGGCAUUCCUUUUGACAACCAUGGAUGGAAGGAAGCUUAAUCCCAAAGAUUGGCAACAGUCUAUCUCAUAUUUUUCUAGUUUGCUGGAUAAGAAUGAUCGAUCUAUUCGCAUUGCUGCUGGUGAAGCAUUGGCUCUAAUUUUUGAGAUAGGAAUCUUAGAGAAGUUUUCUUCUGAAGGUGAAGGGUCCAGUGAUGGUUCUGUUCAAGAGGGAAAUAAAUCUAAAGAAGGAUUAAUGCAUAUACAAGGUCUGAGGGCCAAAAUUCUGAAUCAAGUCAGGGAACUCUCUGCGGAGGCUGGUGGUAAAGGUUCAGCUAAGAAAGAUCUUAACAGCCAGCGGAACUUGUUCAAAGAUAUUUUGGACUUCCUUGAGGAUGAUUACACUCCUGAAACAUCAAUGAAGAUUGGUAGGGAUUCACUAAAUACAUCUACAUGGUCUCAGCUAAUUCAGUUGAACUAUCUGAAGCACUUUCUUGGUGGAGGAUUCAUCAAACACAUGCUGGAAAAUGACUUCCUUCAAGGUGUGUUUGGGUUUACUCCAACAAAGCGUCUUCUUGGUGGAGAACAUCACAUGUCUAGUGCUGAAAAGAGAUUCUUCAAAUCACCAAAUUCUGCCGCGAAUAAAGCAAGGACCCAGUUUUUGAACAAGCAGCGGAUGCUAUCUGAGGGGAAAAACAUCGGCCAUUAUGCAGUCAAUACGGGCGAUGGUGAUGGGUAGACCUUCACAUUGCGAGCUUGAGUGGCUGCUUCGCUGUUUGUUGCUGAUUAUACAUUUAUUUAAGUCGUGAAAAAUUUGAGCAGUCAUUCGGCUUUUGCUUAGUGAGGGUUAUACACAGCAACUAUUUGAGUUCAAUUUAAUAAUACACUCAAAAAGUUUAUUUGUCCCUCUUUUUUGUAUUUUAAUAUUACUUGAAACAAAUAUAAUGUGCUAUUUAUGUCCAAAAAGGGAUCAAUGGGUAAAAUAUGAUUCAUUGCAAGCCUCUAUUGCAUUUUUAGACGUCCUUGACCUCAGGAAUCAUGACGGGCGCUAUGCAUCUCCCUGGGCUGGUGACGUUUUAAGAAUAGAGAGAGAGAGGGAGAGAAAAUCAAGCUAUUACUAAAAGAAGUUUCAUCAUACACUAAAUUCAAGAGUUUGGUUUUCAUAAAAAAAGUUGAGAAUUUAGUGUUUUAUAAUUUUGUUUUUUCCACAAGGGUAAUGAUUAGAGGUUAGUAAAGUUAGAAUUGUUAA